AUGUCUAAUUUGAAGUUAACAUCCACUGAUGGUGAACUAUUUGAGAACCCAAGUCUCUACCAUUCUAUUGCGGACAGCCUCCAGUAUCUUACUAUGACCAAGCAUGAAUUAGCUUAUCUAGUUAAUAAGGUCUGUCAUUUCAUGCAGCAGUCUCAAAAAUCACAUUGGAAAUCCGUAAAGCGUAUUCUUCGGUACCUUCAAGGGUCACUUACUUUGGGCUUGGAUUUUCAACCAGCACCUUCUUUCAAGCUUACCAGCUACAUUGACUCGGAUUGGGCCUCCGACAUUGAAGAUCGAAAGUCCACCUCUAGUUUUUGUGUCUAUUUUGGAUCGAACUUAAUUUCUUGGUCCUCUCAGAAGCAAGCUUCAGUCUCUCGCAGCAGCACAGAGGCUGAGUACAGAGGGGUGUGCAAUUUAGCCACUGAACUACUUACUAUCAAUAAGCUUUUGUUUGAAAUUCAUAUUACACUACAUGUUCCUAUGAUAUACUGUGAUAAUCAAGGAGCAAUGCUCAUGGCAACUAAUCCGGUGCAACACUCACGGUCUAAACACUUUGAGACUGAUCUUCAUUUCCUCAGAGAUCAUAUUGCAAAAGGAAGACUGCAAGUAACUCAUAUUCCUAGUGAUGCUCAGUGGCAGACAUUAUGA